AUUUCAACUGUUCGACUACUGCAAUAGUGAAUUUAUAGUCGCCGUAACUACACGUAGCGACAAAAUGAAGUUGUUGGCGUCAAUUUUGUUCGUCGUAUUAGCUGCUGUAGUUUCAGCCAAACAGCAACGAUUUGACAAUUACAAAGUUUAUGAAGUCAAAGUUUCAAACGAAGAUCAUGUGAACAUUCUCCGGUCAUUGGAGCGCGACACUGCCGAUGACUACGAUUUUUGGAAUUCACCAAUCAUCGGCCGAAGUGCCGACAUUAUGGUAGCACCUGAAAAGACCGGCGAUUUCGAAAAGAUGAUCCAGAAUUUUGGCCUGGACAUUGACGUCAAGAUACCCAAUUUGCAAGAUUUAAUCGAUCAAGAGACUACAAGAAACGUAACAAUUCAGGCUGACUUCGGUUGGGAAACGUACCAUACACUGGAUGAGAUAUACGCUUGGUUAGAUCAACUGUUACUCGACCAUCCGACCAUAUUAACGCCAGUCACGGUGGGAUACACCUACGAAGGUCGAGAAAUUCGAGCGGUGAAGUUGUCGCAUAAGGAGGGAAAUCAAGCCAUCGUCAUUGAGGCCACGAUCCAUGCUCGGGAAUGGAUUACUUCAGCAACUGCUACAUGGAUCUUGAAUGAAUUACUCACAUCAACCGAUGCCGAAGUAAUGGAAAUUGCAUCGAACAUUGACUGGUACUUCAUACCAGUAUUCAAUGCCGAUGGAUUCGUUUACACCAAGACAACAAAUCGGCUUUGGCGCAAGACGCGAUACCCUCACUAUAAGUUAUGCUAUGGUGUCGAUUUGAAUCGAAAUUUCGAUUAUCAGUGGAUGAGUGUCGGAGCAUCGGAUAAUCCCUGCUCGGAAACGUUCGGUGGUCCUGUAGCAUUUUCCGAUCCAGAAUCCCGGGCACUGCGAGAUUUUUACGUGGAACGCAAAGAGGACAUUAAAGUCUAUCUGGCCUUCCACUCUUACGGUCAAUAUAUCUUGUCGCCAUGGGGCUACACAUACGACCAUGUACACAAUUACGAUCAGUUAAUGCAAAUUGGUAAUGCCGCAGCUGACGCUAUUAGAGUCAGAUAUGGUACAAAUUACACGGUGGGCAGUACCGCCGAGACUUUGUACUUCAAUUCGGGCAGCAGUCGUGAUUACUUAAAAGGAGCCCAUGACAUUGAUGUUUCCUAUACAAUUGAGUUCCGAGACACUGGACGGUAUGGUUUCGUCCUUCCACCCGAUCAGAUUCUACCAAAUUCUUUGGAGAUGUUUGAUGGUGUAAAGGCAAUUGUCCGAGAAUGUAGAGUGAUCGGUUACUUGAAUUAACCGUUUACGAAGUGUGCCAUCUGUUAUAGAUAGCGGCAAUAAAGUGAUGAGCUCUGACUAA